AUGGAUAAUGUGCGUAAACUGGAGGCAAAUAAUGUGGCAAAAAAACAUUUCCCCAAAUUACACGAGAGAAUACAGAACAAGUAUAUUGAAAUGCAAAAAAAAAUUGAAAAAUCAAAAUCAAUCGAUAUGCUCACCUCACUCAAUGAAAACUUUGUUUAUACUGAGCCAAGAAGAUAUAUGAGUACAAGCGAUAUUAGAAACGAUACUCAAGAAAACUUUGAUAAUAUUGAAAGUGGAAAAAAGUUAGUAAGAAAAACACUAGUUAUAGAAAAUAUGCAAGAGAAUAGCGCGAUAUAUCAAGAUAUUUAUUUUAAUGAAGCUAUAGUUAACGAGUCAAGCUUAGAUAUUAAGCAAAAUGGAAUAUUUGAAAGUGAAGAUAAUCAGUCCGAAAGCAUUUUUUUCAAUGAUAUGAGUAACUCGUCAAAAACAAGUCUAGAAUCAUUACUCGAAAUAGAUAAAGGAAGCGACGAGUCGCUUCCACCACCCACUCCAAUCUCAAGAUCUUUACGAGAUAAAAUUGGAUCUCGUAUCAUGGCAGCAAAGGAAAGACGAAACGCCAGUAAGGAAAAAAGAAAAGAGGCACGGGAAAAGGUUGAAAAGCUUAUUUUUACUAACACACCUGACCAUGACAUUGAAAGAGUCUUGAAAAGAACCGAAUUUGCAACUGUUACAAUUGCACUAAUUGAAGCAUCUGGUAUUGAAAACAAAACAACUGAAGAGAAAUUGCGUUUUUUAUGUUGUCGUCUUAGAUUGGGUACAGAAAAACGAAAAUCAAAAUUAGUGAAAACCAAUGAUUCCGUCGUAAAAUGGCAAGAGCUAAUUAAUAUAACUAUGUAUGACGAGACACAAUUAGAAUUAUCAGUUUGGGACCGAGAUAUUGUCCUUGGAAAAACUGUUGUCGAUUUAUCUCUCCUUAAGGUUGAACAAACGCAUAGGAUGCGAAUAAAUUUAGAGGGAGAAGGUUCACAUAUCCAAUUAUUUACUCUACUUACAAUUAGCGGAGCAAGUUUGAACAAUAGACUAGUCGAUCUUGACGAUUACCAGAAACUUAAAAGCCUAAUUAAUUUAAAGCGUAAAAAAUAUGCGUGGUACCAUUUAUGUGGCAAAUUUUCUGAUGUUGGCUGGUUGUCAGUUAUUGUGUAUGGAGCUAAGGGUUUAUCAACCAGCGACUGCUACUGCAUACUGAAGUUAAACAAUGAAAGGCUUUUUACUCAUACGGAACACAAAACUGACGCACCGAACUGGAUGAAGAUAUUUACAUUUACGGUUACUGACAUAACGUCGAUUUUAGAAGUAAUAAUUUGGGAUGAAAAGAAAUUUGAGGAAGUUGGAAAACUUUCGAUACCAAUACAUAAAAUAAAAACAUUGAGUAAAAAAUGGUAUGCGCUCAAAGGAAUCAGUCAAAGGGAUCGAGCGAAGGGAAACAAUCCCAGAAUACUGUUAGAACUGGACAUCACUUGGAAUCUUAUAAAAGCAUCUGUUCGCGUUUUUAACCCAAAGGAAGUUAAUCUACUGCAAACAGAAGAAAAUGUGAUAGAUAGACGCGUUUUCGCAAAAAACAUAACACGGGCGAAAGCAAUCAUUUCCUGGAUUAUGAACACUUUCAAUAUAUUCAAAACAAUGUUUGAAUGGGAAUCUAGGCGAUGCAACGUUAUUGCGUUAGCGACAUGGUUAAUUUUUUGUUGGUUUUUCAAAAUAUGGAUGCUUCCCCUCUUACUUCUUGUACCGUUUGCACUGUACAAACCCUCAAAGAAUUCCAUAUUAGACAUUAAAAAAAGAUUCCAAGAAAUUUCAGUAGAAGACGAUAAUAAUUCUAAACAUGAAAAGGAAGAAAAGAAUUUAACGAUUCGGCAAAAAAUAAAUUCUCUGCAAGAAAUGAUACAGACAGUACAAAACGUAAUUGGGAAAUUUGCCAGUCUCGGGGAGAGCGUUAAAAACCUUUUCAAUUUCUCGGUACCGUUCCUUAGUUGUCUGACGAUAUUUUUAAUAUUAAUCAUUACUUUGGUAAUGUAUUUCAUACCUCUCAAGUAUAUGCUGAUGACCUGGGGAAUACAUAAAUUUACUAGAAAGAUACUUCAACCAAACAGAAUACCAAAUAAUGAACUUUUAGAUUUGCUUUCAAGAGUGCCUGAUGAUGAAACCUUGUUGAGCUGCGAAGAAUUCCUAGUUGAAAAUUUAUCCGAUGAAGAUGAAUAA